AUGGAAAGGUGGUCAGUCACGUUGCACCCAGCUUCAAUCCCACUUCAACGCCAACAAAAAACAUCACCAAAAUACCCCGCCUUACCAAUUGAACAUUUUACUAUUUCCAACUCCUCAUCACUAAAUUUCAAGCCAUGUCAAACCCCCUCUGGUGCCGAGGAUGCUGGUGCCGACGAGAGCGGAAUUCCCGCCGGAUCUUCUGUCGCUGUUCACAGUAAGAACGAGAAGAAGGCGAGGAAGCAGAUCGCCAAGCUGGGAUUGAAGCACGUUCCUGGCAUCACUAGGGUCACUUUGAGGAGGCCUAAGAACAUUCUUUUCGUUAUCAGCAAUCCCGAUGUCUACAAGUCCCCUACCAGCGACACCUGGAUCAUUUUUGGUGAGGCCAAGAUCGAGGACCUGAACUCACAGGCACAGGCCAACGCUGCUCAGCAGCUUCAACAGGCUGAGAAUGCGUCAAGCAUUGAGGCUGACUUCGCCGCUGCUGCCGCCGCCGACAAGGGCAAGGGUGCUGCUGAUGCUGCUAAGGAGGAGGAGGAAGACGACGGUGAGGAGGUCGAUGAGGAGGGUCUUGAGAACAAGGACAUCGAGCUCGUGAUGGCUCAGGCCAACGUUUCUCGAAAGAAGGCUAUAAAGGCGCUCAAGGAAAACGAUAAUGAUAUCGUCAAUUCAAUUAUGGCCUUGAGCGUUUAG